AUGUCCAAAAAACAUCAUCUAACCGACAGGCACGACGACGAGAAGUUGGCGGAGGCAUUGACGACCAGUCAGAGCCAGAUUGGAGAGGUGAUUGACGUUAACGACAAGAAGCUGAAGUUCAAGAUCGACUGCUGGUUGAUGCCGUUGCUAUGUUUCACAUACGCAUUACAGUCAAUCGACAAGACGACUCUGUCAUAUGCCGCGGUCUUCGGCCUCAAGCAAGACACUAACCUCGCUGGUUCGGAAUUCUCAUGGUUAGGAGCGAUCUUCUAUCUGGGAUACAUGGUCUGGGAAUGGCCAACAUCAGUACUGCUCCAGAAAAUUCCUCUCGGCAAGUUCUUAGGAUCAUCGGGUACAGUCACGAUUGCCUGGGGAGUCGUGGUCCUCAUUCUGUUGCCCGACAGUCCAGCUUUGGCCAAAUUCCUCACAGGCUUCGAAAAGGAGUGUGUUCUGCAACGCAUCAAAGAGAACGAGACUGGUGUCGAGAACAAGAACUGGAAGCCUUUGCAAUUCCGGAGGCAUUGA